ACAACACAGUAAAAAACGAAUCAUUACAACAAAUAAAAUAAUGGCUAUUUACUUAUGUAAAAAUUGCCAAACUUAUUUAACCAAACAAGAAGAAUUAGCUUCAAAAUUUUAGUCAUUUUUAGCGGGACAAGGUCAAGCUUAUUUGUUCAACUCUGUAGAAAAUGUUGCUUGUGGCCCACCAAAAGAAAUAAAUCUAUUAACAGGUUUAUUCAUCAUUUCUUUCAUUUAUUGCAAACGUUGUAGAACAACUCUUGGGUGGAAAUACGAACAUGCCUUUGAGGAGAAUUAAAAAUACAAAGAGGGCAAAUUUAUAAUAGAAUUAGCUCUCAUAACUAUUAAAGAGAAGAAAAGUAAAUUAUAAAUAAAAAAAAUAAAUUAAGAAUUUAGCGCCAUCUAUGAAUAAAUUUCUUAACCUCCUUAGAGAAUGACGUUUCCCACUUUGACAUUAAAACGUCAAUUUCUCACUUUUAACUCUCAUUCAAACGAAAACAAUCGUUAAACCCUUUUAAUACCGUUACAAAUCCGUUUUUAUUUUCGAUUAAUUUAAAUAAUCUGACGUCACCGUUAUAUAUUUCUUUUAAAACGGUACCCCGUCCACGAGUAACAGUUAAAUCGUGUCAAUCGUGUAAACGCGUCGAUUUUUCGGCUUUAACACGCUUAAUUUUACAGUUUUUAUAUUAUUAAAAACAAGAUUUACUUUUAAAAUAACCUAAGAUAAUGGAUCUUAGAGCCAGAUCUCGAUCAAAUACCCCUUCUUUGAGAAGAUCUCAAAGAAUCAUUGAAAAUAGUUCCAUUGAAACAAAAAAAGUUAUACGAUCUCAAAAGAAACGAUACAUCACAUCGGAUUAUUCAUCGGAAGAAGGUGAACCUGUUGCCGAUAACACAAAAAAUUUAAUUAGGGAAGAGCUGGCUCAUUCCUCCACGAUUAACGGCAACGGGGAAAUUUCAGCUUUAAAAUUAUAUAAAGAAGCCGGAGAGUAUUGGAACAAGUAUCCAAAAACGGAUUAUACGUACUCGAGACAUUCAAAGGAUCGCGUGGAAUUGGCUCCAGGCGUUGUGGUUAUGCCAAAUAUGAGUCGAAGAUCGCUUCGGAACACCUUCGCUGAAGACAAAACGGUUUUUGAUAAAGAAACGAGUACCGAAGAACAUUUUGCUAAGAGAAAGGUUAAGCCGCAAGUGCUUUUUGGAAAUAAUAAUAAAUAUGAGGGAGUUGCAACUUCAUCUGUGUUUAUGGAAAAAUUCAUUUAUUAUUUUAUGAAGAUAACUAGAGUCUUAUUGUUUCCAUUGUUGUAUUUGUAUAAUAAUUUUCAACGGAGUUGUCUUUAUGUUUCGAAAAUCUUCCAUCGGAUGGCCAGUCGGAUUAUGCUUUGGGAUACGUGGAUUUUGCAGAAGAACGUUAGCAAUGAUCGGAGACUAUAUGGUAUUUUAAGUUUGUGUUUACUUCCUUUAAUCAUUUUCGGGGGGUUGUGGGUUUUAUACGCAAUAAUAACCGGAUUAACAUCGUGGGUAUCAACGUUAUCCCAAAACAACCACCAACGGUUAAUAAUCCCCGAAGAUUUCCCAGUCAACUCGUUAAAACCAUCGUUAAUCGAAGAAUUGGGGAAAAAAAAUCUCGUUUAUGAAGAAGAAUUAAAAUCCAAAAUGAAUAAAUUUCUCGAUGAAGUUGAAAGUUUGAAACGAGGAAACUCAUUUUUACAAGGAGAGAUUAUCAGGAUGAACCAAAAGAUUUCGGUUGAUAUUAAAAAGUGUUGUCGGAGAUCUUUAUUAGAAAUUGAAGGUUAUGUUCAAAAAAUUUUAACAGAUUUUUUCGGGGUAAAUACAAAGACUUUGAGUAAAGAUGACGUUGAGGCAUGGUUAAAAAGUAUUUUUGUCGCUAAAAAUGAUUUAGAAAGUAAAAUCGAUGGUUUAACUAGUGAUUUAACAUCAAAUUUUGACACUUCAAUAUCGCAUAACCUCAAACUUGUGAUGGAUCAAGUUUCGGAAAAGAUUAAAGACGAGCUUAUUUUAUUAAAAUCAAAUCAAGAAAUAACUUUUUCGCCACCAUCAAAUUAUAUCGAUGAAGAUCGGAUUAAAAAAAUCGUUUCCGAUACCUUAUCAAUUUACGAUGCUGAUAAAACCGGGUUGGUUGAUUACGCGAUGGAAUCAGCUGGGGGUUAUAUUAUUUCGACGAGGUGUACUCAAAUUUAUCACCCAAAAACCGCGGUUAUUUCGGUGUUUGGAAUCCCCAUUUGGUAUCCAUCGAACACCCCGAGAACUGUGAUUACUCCCGGAAAUAACCCCGGUCAAUGUUGGUCGUUUCAAAAUUUCCCCGGUUUUUUAGUGAUUAAAUUGUACGGUUUUGUAAAAAUUUCCGGAUUCAGCAUGGAACACGUCUCCGUGAAAUUGGCCCCCAACGACAAUAUAAGUUCAGCUCCUAAAGAUUUUGAAGUUUACGGAUUAAAAAAUGAAAACGAUUUGGAUGCGAAGCUUUUAGGUAAAUAUCGGUAUUUAAACAACGGGAAAUCGUUACAAUUUUUCGCGGUGGACGCUGAUGGUGACGUUGGUUUUGAUUUGGUCGAGUUAAAAGUGUUCUCAAACCACGGAAACCCCAAUUAUACUUGUUUGUAUCGGUUUAGAGUGCACGGGGAAUUAAUCGAUGGGGCGUCGUGAGAUUUUGUAUUAGUUUAUUCAUUUCUUUUUCGUUACAUUUUUUUAAAGUUUAAUUUUUUUUAAUUAUUAACCUUUUUUACCAAAGAAAAUUGCCAUAAAUUUCUUCUUAAGUUGCUUUAAGUACCUGAUUAAAUUUUUAACCUCACUUUUUUGAUUUUUUAAUUAUAUCUGUUUUAAGAUCUCGAAAUCAAAUUUGAAGU